AUGGCAACGAGACUCUCCACCACACCACAACAACCAUCACUUCUGGAAGCCUUUCUGUUCAUGAAUCAGGAUGACCCAGCAGCUUCAAACACAAGUGGAGAUUUUGGUAAUGAAUUUGUCAUUCAUGAAAAUAGUUGGCUUAUUCCAAAAUAUUAUCAUGAAAUGUUCAGUGAGAGUUCCGACAGCUCAACCACCUUGAAUGAAUUAUCCAAAUGGAUCAAUUCUAACAAUCUUUCAGAUGUUCUCAUCAAAAAUAGAGCCAGUUAUUUGAUGGCAACUCAUUUUCUUGUUACGAAACAAAUUUCACAAUUUCAACAAGCUUUUACCCUUCUGUACCGAUCUGCCGACGUCUAUGCUCCCUCCCAGUACAAUGUUGCUCAAUUUUUCGAUGUUGGUAUUGGAAUGCCUCAAAGUUUAGAAACUGCUUUUGAAUGGUAUCAUUUGGCGGCUCAGCAAGGGCUAGUUUAUGCAGAAUUUAUGUGUGCUCAAAUGUAUGAAUUUGGAGAAGGUGUAGAUGACAUUGAUUACGUACAGGCCUUUGAAUGGUAUUUGAAAGCUGCAGCGAAAGGACACCCAACCGCGUAUCAUAAUGUGGCCUCCUUUUAUUAUUACGGAAAAGGGAAUGCAGUGCAAGUUAAUCAUGCAUUGGCAUUUGAAUAUUACAAAAAAGCAGCAAAGUCUGGCAUUGCUCACUCUCAAUCUCAAUUGGGAUACAUGCACUUGAAAGGAGAAGGAACUAGCAAGAGUUCACAAAAAGCAUUUAAAUGGUAUUCAAGAGCAGCAGAUCAAAAUUUUGCACGCGCUCAGUUGAACCUAGGAAAGAUGUAUGAAUUUGGAGAAGAACAAGUGACACCACAAAAUGAUGCUAUGGCAUUGGCAUGGUACAUGAAAGCUGCAAUUCAAGACAAUGCAGAUGCACAAUAUGCAGUUGGAAGAUUUAUGUACGAAGGUAAAGGACUUGUUGAACCGAAUUUGAAUUUGGCUUUGGAAUGGUUUGAAAAAGCUGCAAAUCAAGGUCAUGAAGAAGCUCAAUUGGUACUCAUGAGAGCAUUGCGAGAGGAUGGAAAUUAG